AUGGGCUCUGGCGGCUCCAGCAAAGUGGCCCCCUCGAGUGGGCCAUGUCAAGCCAACACUGGAGUCAUGAUGGUUGGCCUGGAUCCUUUACUUUCCAAGAAGUAUAUGACGCUCGAUCAGAACGGCAAGGUGCAAGCAGAGUAUGUGUGGAUUGACUCCGACUACUGGGAUGGACAAAGCUUCGACUUGUGCUGUAAAACCCUCACUCUGGCAGACGCACCGGUUUCCCUGGAAGAAAUUCCCAUUUGGACGUACUCAGGAGAUGAUGCCAAAGACAUAGUGAUUGUGCCACGGCGAAUGUACCGAGAUCCAUUCCGGCCGGGUCACAACAACAUACUCGUCCUGGCAGACACAUACCAGGAGCCAUCUGGUGAUCAAACCGACCAUGGCUCCGCUACAAAAUUCAACACACGCGCAGCGUGUGAGGCAGCAAUGCGGCGAGCAGAGGAGGUCGGCGAGGAUCCUUGGUUUGGGUUCGAGCAAGAGUACUACUUGCUCGACACCACGACGAAUUGGCCACUUGGAUGGCCUCGCGGGAAGUAUCCCGACAAGGAUACAGCCUUUUACUGCUCUGUGGGCUCGCAGAAGGUCGUGGCGCGCAGCCUCAUCGAGUCUCACUACCGGGCUUGUCUCUAUGCCGGAGUGAUGAUUGGUGGCAUCAAUUCGGAGGUUGCCCCUGCCCAGUGGGAGUUCCAAGUGGGUCCGGCAUCUGGAACGUUGGGUGCGGAUGACCUUUGGAUGGCGCGUUACAUCUUGCAGAGACUUUGUGAGGAGUACCAGGUAGGGGUCACAUUUGACCCAAAGCCUGUGCCAAAGCAAGCUGGCAUUGGCUGUCAUACAAAUUACUCCAACAUGGCUACCCGCAGCAGCCCAGGAGGCAUGGAUGCCAUCAAAUCGCAAUGCGAACGCCUGCGAAAGAAUCAUGCCAAACACAUCUCCAACUACGGCAUCGGGAAUGAGCGUCGACUUACUGGCAAAGAUGAUACGGCCUCGAUCAAUGACUUCUCUUGGGGUGUUGGCGAUCGAGCAGCUAGCAUUCGCAUCGGCUGCAAAGUAGCGAUGCGCGACUGCGGCUACUACGAGGACCGGCGGCCCGCAGCCAACAUGGAUCCGUAUCUCGUGUCCCAGCUUCUAGUUGAGACAACUCUUCUCGACAAAGUGGAGCAGGACCCUAAGCCUGAGCCUGCAGUUGAGAGCGAACCAAUUGAGUAG